UAACUUCCUAGUUUGUCUAUUAGGACAGGAAAAUUUGUAAAUAUGUAAAUCGCUGGAUUAAUUCUAAUAUUAACAUAAAAAAUAAAAGUCUGUUAAAUAAAAUUGAAGUUCGAAUAGACUUGCAGGUGAAAAUAAGCCAGGAAACUUGGAAAAGAGUUUUAGAUUAUGUGGCAUGUUGUUACACGUUUUGACACGAAUCUAUAAACAGAUAAAGGAUUAUGUUUUUCAAUUGUGUAUUUACAGCUACUUUAACUAAACAAAAGAAACUUUUUGAUAAUAAAAAAACACACACACUAAGUUCAGAUAUAGUGAAUGUGUAAUCGUAUACAAUACAUAGAUGUCAUAUCAGCUAGUAUUCUAUCGUUAAACAUAUCCAAAUUAUCGAUGUAAGUGAACUAUGCACCAUGUACCAUAUUGAUCAUAUUAGUUAAUUUAUAACUGAUAACGUUUGAAAGGUUAGGGUUUACAAAUAUCAACUGCUUUCCAAAAAAUAUGCUGGACUAUAAACAUGAUAAAUCGAUGUUAAGGUUUUUAUAUUACAUCAAUACAUUUUAACAUAAUUUGUUUUAGGAUUGAAACAUUUUGAUUCACGAACAUUUGACGUAAAUAUAAAAAAUAUAGACAUAUUCCAAAAUGGAGGUAACAGGGAGGAAAGAUGACAUUAUGACAAUGGAUAAGAUCUUAUGCCAGCCAUGUAAAGGAGACGAUGAUGUAGUACUAGCGGAAGGAUAUUGUGAAAAUUGUAACGAAUACUUCUGUAAUUCAUGCCUGAAGGUCCAUCGUAAAAUGACGGUCACAAAGAAUCAUGUAAUCAAAUCAAAAGAUGACAUGCCAAUAGUUCACGUAAAAGCAGAUCCAUGUAUACAGCCUUGUUCGAAACACAAGUCUGAAAUAAUAAAAUAUUACUGUUUUCAACAUGAUUCCGUGGGUUGUGGCGACUGUAUGAUUAAUGAUCACAAAACUUGUAAAUUAGAUCUAGUUGCAGAUGUAUCUGAUAACUAUGCUGACAGUGAGGAAUUCAACGAGACAAGAACAAAGGUGGAGGAUCUGGGCAAUAAAAUCACAUUGAUCAAGAAUGAAAUCCAAGAAAAAAUAAAAAAUGUAUCAGACAUGAAAAUCAAAAUGAUAAAAGAAAUUAAAUCAUAUAGGAAUGAACUGAACGAUUACCUGGACCAAGUUGAGGCAACACUUUUGAAAGAGGUUGAUGAACUAAAUGAAAAAGAUGUUACAAUGCAGACAGAUCGCCUUCAUAAAUGCAAAGCACUCGAAUCUGAAAUUCAUCAGAUGCAACAAACAUUUAUCAGUCAAGAUGGCAAGGUCAAUCAACUAUUCGUGACAGUAAAACAUGCUUUAAAACAUCUAGUCGAGUUGAAUGCUUCUUUACAACAAGUAUCGCAAGAGGAAAUGGUUGACAGUUAUGUAUUUGUACCUUCUAAAAAAGUCCAAGAUAUCAAAGUAUCCCGAAUUCCAUUGGGAGUAAUUCAUGUGCACCAAGAGAAAAGAGUUGUUGAUGCAACGCAAACUAUACUUGACAUGAAGGCUGAAUUCGUUCGAGAAGUGAAUAUACCCGCUAAAGACGAGAGUGGAUGUUUGAUAACUGGAAUGGCUAUGUCAUCAAGUUCUGAAAUCUUAUUGAUAGAUAACAUGAAAGAAUCACUAACAAUCUUUGAUAUACAGAAUGAUAGAAUAGUUUCGAAACAUGCAUUACCAAGUGAACCGUGGGAUGUAACAAUGAUCGAUACUCAUACCUGUGCAGUUACUUUACCCGGAGCCGCAAAAAUAAUAUUUAUAGAUACGAAAGAGGGAUUGAACGACAAUAAACUUAGUGUGAAAGAAUGGUGUAGGGGUAUUGACUACCAUGCUGAAAAAAUAGCAGUGUCAUACACAUCUCAUCCUGCUUCCAUAGAGAUUUUAAACAUGAAUGGAGAAAUUCUCAAUCUCACUACAUUUCCAACGGAUGACAGUUAUUUUCCAAAUUAUUUGACCUUCAGUCAUGAUGGCGAAAACAUUUACACAUCUGACUAUAUGCACGGAUCUCUUCACAAAUGUAGUGUUAGAAGUCCGCUCUGCAAAAGAAUUUGUGAGAACCUUAAGGGUCCAAGAGGGUUGGUCAUUACGAAAGACGAAAGUUUUCUAAUUUGCUGUCAGGCUGACAGUGAUCAGCUUAGUAUAAUAGAUCUUGAGACACAACAAAUGUUGCCGCUAUCCGUAACUCAUCUGAGAUCGCCUAUGUCUAUACUUCUCUGUGAAAAAAGCAGAAAAAUGUUUAUUAGUGACGAAACUGAAGGAUGUAGCAAUAUAAGGCUUUUUGACUGGAAAUGGAAGUAACAAUACAUGUAUAAACUUUAGCAUUGUCCGUUAUAAGUCUAUAUGUUAACAAACUGACCUCGGUACAAGGCCCUUUUUGAUUGCAGGUGCACGACAUUUUAUGACCAUUGCAGAGGAUCACAGGGUGAUGUCACAUGCAAAUUAUCUAAGCUCAAACCAUUUUAGCUUUCAAGUUUGUUUUCUGUACAACUCCCAAAUGAGCGGUCAUUUUCGACCCGUUUUGUUUGAUUUACAGCUAGAGCGUUUUAUAGGUAUACUUUAUGUCUAUCGUCUACGCUCUGUGCAUUCUAAUUUUUUUUAAAAGAUUUAAUUAAAUGUUUUACCUAUAUGAGUCUAUGUAAAUUGAGUGAUUCCAAGAACAAGUUCAAUUUUGAUCAAAGGGACAUGACUAAUGAAACAUUUAUAGAGGAACACAUUUGUAUUGCCAUUUAAUUUUAUAUCUAAGCUCUACAUUGAGGAAUUGUAUUUCCCUAGGAUAUUUUUAAUAAUUUAAUUUUUGUUCAGUUCUAGUAAAUAAACAUGUACAGUGCUACAAUUACUACUUAUUAAAUUUAAGCGUGAUCAUUUCUAACGAUUUAUCUGCAGAUAUAUUAUACAUGUAGUAAUCGAUUUAGUUAUUAUACUUAUUACCAAUUCUAUAUUGAAAUUGUCAAUAUUUCUGAUGAUUUCUGAUAUUAAACAAACAGCAUAAAAAUUACACAAAAGUUAUAUAUGUCAAGAGAAUCGUAAAAUUUUGUUUAUUUAGGCCUACAGUUUUCAUCUUGUUUUCAGCUAUUAAUGGACCAGGGCCUUAUUCAUAUUAUGAAUAGCUAAAUUUAUUUAUCAUUUUAUUGCAGCAUUUGUGUUAGAGCGUUAUUUAAUAUAAUUCUUCUUGUUCUAUGGAUAAGUCAUUUCUCGCCACAUGUACACUAUAGUAAAAUAGCACAUCAUCCAUUGACAUGACUUAUGUUAAUUCAUCAUUUACAAAAUUUGUUGAUUUUGGGAGUUGAGUUCAGUGAAUUUUCUUUUGUUUUGUACUGAUCUUUUCAAGCGUGGUAAAAUUGUUGCGUUUUUAGCUCACCUGAGCACAAAGUGCUCAAGGGUGAGCUUUUGUCAUCACUCUGCGUCCGUCGUGCGUCGUGCGUCUGUGCGUCGUGCGUCCUUCAAAAAAUGGCGUCAAACUUUUCAAACAACAUCUCCUCCUAAACCACAUGGCCAAUUGCAACCAAACUUUACAGAAAUGAUCCUUGGGUGGUCCCCUUUCAAAGUUGUUCAAAUGGUUCCGGUCUGUUGCAUAUGUAGGUCAUA